AUGAAGAUUCCUCAGCGACUUUUGCGCCUGAUGCCUUGUCUAUGGGGAGAUUGCCCCAACCCUCGUGCCAGGAGUUUAAGAAACGAUUUCCUCGGGUCUGCUGGCUGGAUAUGUACCUCACAAUCGGUUGAAGUAUUGAGUUCUAUUCGAAGAAACGCCACUAUUCUAUCUUUCCAACAAAGUCCAUAUGCUUACAGUCCUGUCAGGUCCAAAACCCGGUUAGUUGUUCGGAUUGAUGCCCUGCCUGAGCAUAUCUACGAUCCUCAAUUACCAUGUGGUCUACAGAUGGAUGUAGAUAACAAAUUUGCCGACAUCGUGACAGGCAUGUGGGUGUUCGUCGAGGCCACUCAACAACGGGUUUGCCAUCGGACAAGUUGUUCUUGGGAAAUCCUUACACGCCCCAAUCAGCGUGGCCAACAGUCCGUAGUACGUAACGUAACUACUGAAUUGCCAAGUACGUCCCGUAGUACGGGUCAGAGAAGUCAUAUUUUGGGAGAUUUCCCUCCUGUUUUUAGACCCCAUUAG